AUGUGAUUCAAUAGUCUGAAAGUACGCGGAAACCCUUCAUCAAAUUGCAUCGGUCUCGCGAUUUUAUUUUGAGCGAUACAAUUGUCAUUGACAAGAACACAUCGGAAUGAUUUUGUGGUAUUCAUCGCUGUGUUUUGAUUAUAUUCAGGCCUUCGUAAUGCAAGCAGGUACUGUUACAUGGGAUCUGGAAGAGAGCCUUCGGUAACUAUAAGAGAUUUGCUAAUGAAGUCUGCAUGCAGCCCAUCGCUCGUUACUAAGAUACAAAAUGAAUUACUUCGAAGAUUCUUGAAUAACCAACCCUGACUCGCUUUCCAUAGCAACAUGUUUAUUUGCAGAAUACAUUCUCACUAUGUUGCUCAUCACCAACAAAGAGUACAACGUGUACAAACCUUCGCUUAAAAAAUAUACUGGAUGACGUCAUUGAAGUUUUCAGAGAAGUCGAAUCGGUGUUGCUCUUGAUUCGUCGGCACUUCACUUUGACUGACAGAUGUUCGAUUGACCUUUAUUAUCUAACGCAGCGACUGACCUAUAAAGGAAUAUGAGCGUAACUGAAUAUGGCAGUACCACGUCGAUGCCUCCUUUCUACGCCACCGGACCAACAUACUCCCCUGAUUCCCGGCAGUCGGUGGCUGGUGUCACGGCGAUCGCCAUUACCGCUGUUCUCUCCAUUCUGUGCAAUGUCUUGAACCUCAUCCUCUUGCCCCAUCUACCAGAGCUUAAUGAAGUAAAUCGGGUGUUCUACAUGUCUUUGGCACUCAUUGAUCUUGCCACAGGUAUCAUACUGCUUCCAAUGAGUGUUGCCGCAGUUGGAGGAGAGUGGCCGUUCGGUAGUCCACUCUGUAAAUCGUUGGGUUAUUUACUGACAGUGAGCACUGGACUCUCGUCAUCAACUGUGUUUUAUUUGAAUGGUGAUCGCUUCAUCGCGGUAACGAAGCCGUUACGAUAUCCGUCCCUCGUCAAUCGGAAGCGUGCGAUCACCAUUAUGGUAUCGCAAACCAUAGGAACGUUUAUCAUAUUGUUCUUUGUUCUGUAUUUCGCCGGCGAUCGGUUCAACAUCAUCGUUUAUCGUGAGUUCGGCAUCUGCCUAGUGGACUUUUCCGAGCCUUACUUCGCACCUUACGCAAUCUUCAGUUUUGCUAUUUCUAUGUGGAUGUACGCCCUCUUGCUCCUUGUUUUUUACACGGUGAUGCUACAGAUAGUUCGGCGUCAUGCUCGAACUAUCGCUAACCAAGCAGCAAUGGCAACGGUAAUUGCUUCUAACACGCGAUCUGAAUCGGAAGUGCGCACCGCAGAAGACUUUCAACACGAUAUCGAGCGCGCGGAGAAACUCGCCCGUAAUAUGCGUCAUCGCGGGCUACUGAAAUCAGUGCUGCUAACGGUAUCGAUCGCUGGUGCUUUCUAUAUCGCUUGGUUGCCGUUUACGAUUUGUGAAGUGGUGGCGGCAGUGCGCGGUAGAAGGAUACAUUUAAACAUCAUGGAGGUCGCGUCUAGAUUAACGUUGUGCAAUGGUUGGAUGAAUACUGUGAUUUAUUUACUUCUUAAACAAAGUUAUCGAAAUGCCUUGGUUGACUUUGUUCGUCGGACACGGCCUAGAUUGUGGGAUUAAACCUUGAAAAGCCGAAGUUUCAUAAUCGUCUUUAUCAAGCUUGAAAUCCACGAUUUGUUUUAUUUAUGAUAACAAGUUUGAGUAAAGUAAUUACGUAAAUAUAACCAUAGCUAAUAUCUACAUCAUGUUUAUCACAGCAUUUGAUCAUAUCACUGAUUAAUUUAUGUUUCUAAAAUGCAAAAUUUUGGUGCAAUAUUUGAGCCUUUUAUUUAUGUGUCACUGAGCAAAACAGUUUUCACAUUUGAUUAUAGCUGGACCAACAGAAAUAUGAUUGAAUUGGAAACGAAAUUUAGCUCGCAGAUAACUGAUGACCCUUCUCUGACAUGAAAAGGCAUUUACGAUAAACUAAUUGAGUGGUAACAAGCUGUUCAUAAUAAUCUAUAUAACUUUAGCUGGGCUAAAACUUGUCUAGUUGAUGUCCGUUUAUACUUUUUUUCUUCUUCAAUCAUCAAUCGCUGAAGGGCGCUCGGAGUCGGGGCUUUUAGGGCAUUUCCCUAGUGGUUUAUUCGAAACAUCGAAUGGCUUACAUCUCAAUCCCGUCAUUUUAAAGCCCCUCUAAGUGUUGGGAGCCCAAGAUUCGCCAAACAAUUUGAUGGCAAAAUGUCACUUGAAUUGUAUCAAAAUGUGAAAGAGGAUGUAAUUGAAGACCCACGUGUGCAAAGAUUUCCCCAAAAGAAAUUUGAAGACAACUAUUUUCUUUCAUCAAUAUUUGACUUCAAACACUUU